AUGAGCACUAGGAAUUCUAAGAGAUCUGCUAAUGAUAAAACAUUAACAAUUGCUAAACCUGCUAAACAAGGCUAUAAAAAAAAAAAAAUAUUGACCCCUCAAAUCAUAACUACUCACAAGUUAAUCCAAAAAAUAUCAAUAAGUGAUGAUAAAAAAGUUGCAAGUGUUGAUGAAUUAUCUCAAUCAUCAUUAACUCCUCCAAGACAACUUUCACCAGUCUUAGGAACAAGAAUUGUAUUUCAACUUUUAUCAUCACCUCCAAGACAACAGUCACCAACUCGAAUUGGGCCUCAAGUAACUACACCUUUAAGACUACUAUCUCUAGCUUUAGAGUCAAGAAGCAUUGAAUGGCUUCAAAUAGCUAAAAGACACUUUGGUGAUUUUUGUAACAAAUUAGUUAAUAACAUUGAAAAUUUGAUAAAAGACUUCAAAAAUACAAGGGUACAGUUAGUAUCUAAAAUGACUGAUAUACUAAAUUGGUGGUUGAGUGCCACAAAUACAGAUGAAUUAUAUGCUCAUAAUUCAAUAUAUCAUUUACAUAAGUUUGUUCAAAGCAUAUUUGCAAUUAAUUAUAUUUCAAGAGAUACUGAAGUGACAAAAGUAUUGGAUAAGUUAACAAAAAAUAUUGCUGUUCUAUUAUGA